AUGUCUGUAACCCAGAUCCAAAUUGAAGAGGUAGCUGAGGAAGAGGGGCCGGCAGGAGCGACCGCACCUCCUGAUGACCACCUCCGGAGUCUGAAGGCCCUCACGGAGAAGCUGAAGCUGGACACCCGUAGGCCCUCCUAUCUGGAGUGGCAAGCCAGGCUGGAAGAGCAUACGUGGCCGUCCCCAAGGCCGGCUGUGGAGCAGGAGGCCAGCUUGGAGCAAGGAGAGCAUGGAGGUGGGGACCCCUUGCUGUCCCUGAGGGAACCCAGAGAGCAUCCCCCACCUGCUGGCAGUGCCAGCCAGGGAGACAGGCCGCUGUCCACGGGCAAGCUGGAAGGCUUCCAAAGCAUUGAUGAGGCACUAACCUGGCUCAGGAAGGAACUGGCGGAGAUGCGGCUGCAGGACCAGCAGCUGGCCAGGCAGCUCAUGCGCCUGCGUGGUGACAUCAACAAGCUGAAGAUCGAGCAGACCUGCCGCCUACACAGGAGGAUGCUCAACGAUGCCACCUAUGAGCUGGAAGAGCGGGAUGAGCUGUCUGACCUCUUCUGCGACUCUCCUCUAGCCUCUUCCUUCAGCCUCUCCACACCGCUCAAGCUCAUUGGUGUCACCAAGAUGAACAUCAACUCACGGAGGUUCUCUCUCUGCUGA